AAAGUAAAUUCCUCUCUGGUCUCUUUCCUGCACUAGAAGCCAUGGCUGCUGCGAAUCCAGCAAAAACUCUCCAGGAUGAACUGACCUGUCCCAUCUGUCUGGAGUAUUUUAAAGAUCCGGUGUCUCUCGACUGUGAUCACAGUUUCUGCCGAGCCUGCAUCACCCAGUGCUGGGAGGGAUUCGAUACAGACGUCUCCUGCCCUCAGUGCAGAGAGAUCUUUCCCCAGAGGAACCUCAGGCUGAACAGGCAGCUCAGGAAUAUUGUGGAAGCAGCCAGAGAACUCAGGUUGCAGACAGCGAAGGAACCAGAACCAGAGAGACUGUGUGAGAAACACAAGGAGCCUCUAAAACUGUUCUGCAAAGAGGAUGAAAUCCCCAUCUGCCUGGUGUGUGACAGAUCCAAGGAGCACAGAGAUCACACCGUCAUUCCUGCAGAGGAAGCUGCGGAAGAAUUUAAGGAAAAGAUUCAGGCCCAUUUGCAGACUCUGAGGGAAGAGAGAGAAAAGCUGCUGGGAUGUAAAGUGAGUGUAGAGACGAGAAGCCAGGAAUAUCUGAGAAAGACACUAACCAAGAGACAGAAGAUUGUGUCUGAAUUUCAGCAACUGCGGCAAUUCCUGGAGGAACAAGAGCGACUCCUGCUGGCCCAGCUGGAGAAGCUGGACGAGGAGAUUGUGAAGAUACAGAAUGAAAAUAUCACCAAACUCUCGGAGGAGAUUUCCUGUCUCAGUGAGCUGAUCAGUGAGAUGGAGGGGAAGUGUCAGAAGCCAACAAGUGAAUUCCUGCAGGAUGUCAGAAGCACCUUGGGCAGGUGUGAGAAGGGGAAGUUCCAACAGCCAGAGGAGAUUUCUCCUGAACUAGAAGAGCGAAUCAGUGGUUUCUCCCAGAAAACUAUUGCACUAUUGGAGACUGUGAGGAAGUUCAAAGACACUCUGCCGUCUGCACUGGAGACAAAAAGAGUGAACGUGACUCUGGAUCCAGACACGGUUCAUCCCCAACUUGUCCUGUCUGAGGAUUGGAAAAGUGUGAGAUGGGAAGAAACAUGGCAGGAUCUGCCUGACAAUCCUGAAAGAUUUGACACUGAGCCCUGUGUGCUGGGCUGUGAGGGAUUCACCUCCGGGAGACAUUGCUGGGAGGUGGAGCUGGGUUGUGGGGGAGGCUGGUUUGUGGGGGUGGCCAGAGAGUCUGUGAGGAGGAAGGGACAGAUCAGCCCUGAGGAGGGGAUCUGGGGUGUGGGGUAUGUGUUGGAUCAGUUCUGGGCUCUCACCUCCCCUGCGACCCCCCUGCCCCUGAGCCGGGCCCCCAGCAGGAUCCGGGUUUGUCUGGACUGUGACCGGGGGCAGGUGACAUUUAUCGAUGCUGGUGACAAGGCCCCGAUCUUCACUUUCCCGCCGGGCUCCGUCCCUGGGGAGAGAAUCCGACCCUGGCUCUGGGUGCUGGGGGAAGGAUCCCGGCUCUGCCUGUGUCCCUGAGACCAUGGGGGUGGGGGAAGAGAGAGGGAGAGGAAUAUCCCACUGGGGAGCCUGAAAUCAGCCUCUCUAGCCUCAGACAGUGUCGUCUCUAUGAUCUCCUCCUGUGGACUUUCUAUCAUGAAGUCUCUGUGACCCUCGAAGUUGCAUCGGGUCUCAACUCUGUGCAGUCUCUGGUGUCAAACCACAGAGAGCAUUAGGUGAGGUAGAGAAGCCGAUCUCAUCACUGCCCCAGGGAUUGUGCAGCCUGUUUGCCACUGUCCUCUAUGAUACAGGAGGACUCUGGGGAUCCUUCGUUAGACAGUGCCACUGACAUGGGAGGGAACAGCCCACUGGGAUGAAAAAUGGGCUUCUCUAGCCACAGUCAUCCUAGUCUCUAUGACCAGGAGGAUUCCCAUCUAGCGUGUUCUGAUUCGUUUCUAUGCCCCUGGAGGACCCGUCUACCCAACCCCCGAUAUCUCAUCUCUAUGGCCCCUGAAAGCUCCUCCCCCUCCCUGCAGCACCAGGGAUGGGAGGGGGUGGAGGGAAGAACCCCUGGAGGAGCAGAGGGGUCUUGAGGGGCAGAUGUGGGGCUGCAGGGGCAUAGCUGAGGGAGGAGCUGGGGGCAGAAGUGAUGUGGAGGUUAAGUAUAGAAUUAGCAGCCGGGCUGGGGACAGGCAGAUGUGGGGGUGACAGGGACACAGAAUUAAUUAAUUAGGAUUUGGGGUUUUGGGGAGAAGCUGGAGGCUCCCUAGGAGCAGGGAGCCUGGGAGAGGGAGACCCAGAAACUGGAGAGUGUGACCUACAAGUCAGGAGGGAAGGGAUGCUAUAGUGGGAACCAGUUAGAGGGUGGGGUGAUGUCAGCUGGCUGAAGAUGUGGAGAGUCAAGUACAGGGUAGGUUUAACCAAAACGGGGGAAAGAAAUGAAAGAAUAAAAAAGGAAAAAUAAAACAAAACCAGUGUAAAGACAGAAGCCUGGAGAAAGUCGUGGGAAACUUAAAUGAAGAGUGAAAGCAAAAUCAUCCUGAGAAGGGAAAUGCUCUGGGGCAGGCAGCAAGAGAGGAAGGGAUAAACUCAGGGGAUAGAACUGGGAACCUGGAGUAUUAUGAUCUGUGAUACGGAAUAGAGAAGGGUUGGGAAGACGCAGAGAAAUAAACAGAUGGGAAAGGAGUGCUAGAGAAAAUGAGGUGUAAAAGUAGAUGAAAUUAAAGAAAAGGGAGGCGAGAGAACAUAAGAUCGAGAUGUAUAAAAUAUUUCUGAAAGUGAGAGUCUGUAAUAUUAAUUCAACCCCAUAGUUCAGGGCCAAUAUUUCCACUUUGGUACUUUUCAGAGCAACACUUCUUCAAAUUUGUGGAUGUUUUUACCAUGUAUUCUAGUUAUGAAAGUUCCCUCUCAGCUCCUUUUAACCUGACAUUUACUUAAGGUAAAUAAACAAGACACAU